CGUUGUAUCUGCACUGCAGAGCAGUGGUGCAAGUGGAUGCGCUAAACCCUCGAAAACUCUCCUUCCUGUGCUCUGCCGUCCGCGCCUCCCAUCAACAAACUCUCCUCCGCCUCCUCCUCCUCCUCCUCCUCCUCCCUAAGCUUUUUCCCAUUCCUCCAAGUAGCCGCACCGAUUGCAAUGAAGUCGAUGAGGCCUCUGAGACUACUACUUCCAUCAGUCUCCUCUACGCCGUUUUACUUCUUUACCCAUUCUGCCGCCUUUCUGCUCAGCUUUUACUCUGCCCAGCCUCACCGAGAUGACCAUCUUCCCUCCCAACCAACCACUGAAGAAGAAUGCCCCUCCUCCAUGGAUCACUCUGUAUUCGAUAGCUCCCAUUUUCAUCCUAUAAAUCUCUUCUCCGACCAUACUAUUCAGAAACCCUCCUGGGAGGAGAAAUACAGAGACCGAGUCAAAAGCAAGGUCUUUGGGGAGGAAGAUGCUUCGCGUCUCAGAAUUCUCAAGAGGGAAGAGGAGAAAAAGACGAAAGCUGCCAGGGCGCUGCUAGAAGUGGCCUUGGACGAAGAUGAGGACGAGGAUGUCGAUGUCGAUGUGGUGGAGGUGGAGGAGGAGAAUCAGAAGUCUUUGUCUGUCGGUAUAGUUGGGGCUCCCAAUGCUGGCAAGUCUGCUCUCACUAAUUUCAUGGUUGGGACUAAAGUUUCAGCCGUUUCUCGGAAGAUAAAUACCACCACCCAUGAAGUGUUGGGAGUUCUGACUAAAGGCGUUACACAAAUUUGUUUCUUUGAUACACCAGGGCUUAUGUUAAAGAAGAGUGGAAUUCCUUACAAUGACAUUAAAGUCCGGAAUGAUAGUGCAUGGAGUUCUGUUAAUUUAUAUGAUGUGCUGAUGAUUAUUUUUGAUGUUCACAGACAUCUUAUCAGACCAGAUUCACGAGUGGUGAGAUUAAUAGAAAGGAUGGGGUCAAUUCCUAACACUAAUCAGAAGCGUGUGUUAUGCAUGAAUAAGGUUGACUUGGUCACGAAAAAGAAUGAUCUACUGAAGGUUGUUGAGGAGUUCAAAGAUUUACCUGGAUAUGAUAAGCAUUUCAUGAUCUCAGGAUUGAAGGGCGCUGGAGUUAAAGAACUUAUUCGUUACUUAAUGGAUAAGGCAUUAAAAAGACGGUGGGAUGAAGAUCCGUUCGUGAUGAGUGAAGAAGUAAUGAAGAACAUAUCGCUUGAAGUUGUAAGAGAGAAGUUAUUGGAUUAUGUGCAUCAGGAAAUACCAUAUGGAAUUGAACAUCGUUUGGUCAGCUGGAAGGAAUUAAGAGAUGGUUCUCUCCGAAUUGAGCAGCAUUUCAUCACACACAAGAUUAGCCAGCGCAAAAUUUUGGUGGGGAAGAAGGGCUCUAAAAUAGGGAGGAUUGGCAUGGAAGCUAAUGAAGAGUUGAGGUCAAUAUUCAAGAGAGAUGUCCAUCUCAUCCUCAUGGUUAGGGUCAAAUGAAAUUUGGUAGAGUAAGAUAGAUGCUUAUCGGCCAGGCCGGAGCAGGUGUACAGAGCAAGGGGCAUGACUAAGGUCAUCAGGUUGGGGAGUAGCUGAAGCUGCUGCAUUUUCACACCACACUCUUGCUUGAUUUUUGUGGGGCUCGGAUCCUUAGCUGGAAGAAGCAUUGUUAUUUUAGAAGUGAGAGCCACACACGCUUCUGUUCCGCAGUUGGGUAUCAAAAGAGGUGUGUGUGUGUGUGUGAGUUCCUCCUUCCUGCAGUUUUGAGCAGAUGACUUAGAUGCAACGAUAAGACAUUUAUAUCUUGUGUUGAAUUUUGCUUUUCUUUAUAUAUAUAAUAUAUGUGAGCAAACACACACUGUUUGUCCUGUUUCUUGCCAA